AUGCCGCCAAAAGUAGCUAAAGUUGAUCUUCGUCCAUUUCCUAAAAGAGAUGAAAACUUCACUAUUAAUGCAGGGUUUCAAUAUGGUAAAGGAGAUAAUCCUCCAUUAUACGGACAAAAAGUCAUUCCAGUCGGAAAACCAAAUUGUUUACUAGGAAACACAUUUGUUCCUACAGGAACAAUGGUUUCAUUGAAGCGCGAACAAGUUAAAGAUCUUAUUACUAAAUACGGAGGCAAAGUCACCUCAUCAAUUUCAGGAAAAACAGAUUGUGUUGUUGUUGGCUGCAUAGAAGUCGGUCCAAAGAAAAUACAGACUUGCAGAGAGAAGAAUAUCCCAACAAUUGAUGAAGAUGGCCUCUUUUAUUUAAUUGCAAGAUCAGAUCCAGAAAAGAACAAAGAUUUCAUCAAGAAAUUCGAGAACCAGCAAGCAGGUGUUAUCGAAGAGAUUGAAGAAAAGAAGGAAGCUCAAGAAGAAAUCAAACAUGAAGAAACAAUCAAAGAAAAUAUCAAAGAAAAGAAGGAACAAAACAAGAAAUACCUUAACUUCGCAGAAAAAUACAGACCAUCCGACCUAAAGGACUUCAUAGGAGCUGUCGGAGCUAAGAAUCAACUCAGAGAAUAUUUAUCUAAAUUCCCGAACGUCAAAAACAAAAUUGCUCUUAUUUCAGGUGACCAAGGAUGUGGAAAGACUACAUUGGCGCACUUAAUGGCCUCUUCUCUUGGCUUCCAUUGCAAUGAAUUGAACGCGUCAGACGUAAGAACAAAAGGAGAGAUCCAAAACUUCUUAGAUGUCACUACCAGCGGAUGUAUCGAAACAUCAAAGAAGAAAGGACUCGGAAAAGAAUGUUUAAUCUUUGAUGAAAUCGAUGGAAUGGGCGCAGGCGAUAGAGGAGGCAUUUCCGCGAUUGCUUCAUUGGCAAAGACCACAAAGAUACCAAUUAUCUGUAUAACAACUGGAAAAUCAGAUAAAAAAUUUGAUCCUUUAUUAAAAAUCUGCGAAUCGAUAAACAUUCCGAAGAUCGAACGCGGAUUGAUGUGUAACAAACUUAUAACUGUUGCAAAAUCGGAAGGAAUCAACAUUUCCCAAAAAUCAAUUCAAAGUAUCGCGGAAAGAGCGAACGGAGACCUUAGAUACGCCCUGAAUUCACUGGAAUUCUGGUCGGCAAGUGAUAAUGGCUUCGAGAAAGCCAAAUCAGUCGACAACGCCGUUGAUGGAACAAGAUUUAUUUUAUCAAUGCACACUUCCUUCGAAGACAAGUUCAAUUGUGCAUUUGCCGAUGAUGCCAUGCCACUCUACGUCCAAUACAACCUCCAUGCUCCUCAAGGGAACAGAGAAUCAGCACUUGAUUACGCAGAUGCGCUCGAUGCAACAUGUUUCGGAGAGAUCGUUGAAAGGGAACUCAAGGAGACACAAAACUACAGUCUUUCGACCCCUUCUAAUUACCUUUCUUGUGUUUUGCCAACAAUGAUUUCCAAAAAUAAGAUGGAACCGAAACUUUUAAGUGCACAGAUGCCAAAGAUUAUGAUGACAUACUCAAAGAAGUCGAAACUCGAAAGAAUCAAACAAGAUAUCGCUUCAUCAUUUAAGAUAAACGAUAGCGAUGUUUAUUCUACAGCACAGAAUGCGAUGAUGAGAAUUGGAGAGCUUUCAAAGAACGAAAAAUAUGAUUUGGCAUCGAAAUUUAUGUUUGAUUCGAAUAUUUCUCUUGAAAAUGUUGAAGAUUUCAAUGAAUUUAUCAACAUUGGAAAGAAGAAUGAUUUCAAACUCCAGAAAGAUCUGAAGAAGUCUUAUUUGGCCCAACAUUCCGAAUAUGAUCCUUUAAUUGUCCAAACUCAUGGAAAGAAAGUUAAACUGGAAGAGAGCAAGAAGAAAGAAAAGGAUGAAGAUGGUGAAAGUAAAAAGAAACAUAAAGAUGAAAAGAAAGAAAAGAAAUCUAAAGGUGAGAAAAAGAAAGAUGAAAAGAAGAAAGAAAAACAUGAAAAGAAACAUGAGAAGAAGGAAAAGGAUGAAAAGAAACAUGAUAAAAAAGAAAAAGAUGAAAAGAAGAAGAAAGAUAAAAAAUGA